AUGGCAGCAUCCCUGGACACACUCAGCCUCUCCCAAAUGCUGGAUCUCGCCAUCGGGACGCCCCAGAAGGGGAUCAUGCACUUUGCAGCCAUGAGAAAACUGCUGCAGGCCGUGCUGGAGCACCUGGACGUGCAGUACCUGACCAGCCAGGAGCCGUGGCCGGGCCAGCUCAGUGGCCCCUCACUUGCUGAUGUGGCCACUGACAUGGAAAAGAUGAAGAAAGACAUGGAAGACUACAAGAAACACAUGUCCGAGGUUCUUCGUGAGGAGUUUGGUGGGAUAAAGGCAGAACUUUCCCACCUCUCCGAGGACAUGAAGAAGUUCCAGGAGAGACAGUCCUCCAUGGCUGCGGACAUGAAAAAGAUCCAGAAGAUGCAGGACAAGAACAUGACUCUCAUCCGGGAUCUCCAUGAGGAAAUGGACAGGAUAAAGACAACACAGAACCGCAUGGAAGGAGACGUAAAGAAGGUUAAGGAGUCGCUUCCCAUAAUGAAGAAGAUGGGAGGGGAAUUUAAAAAGCUGAAGGAGGAUGCAGCCAAAUGGAAAGAAGAAAUUAGCAACGAGAUUUCUCAGCAAAUUGAGGCUUUGCGUCAGGACACAAAACAUGAGCUGCAGAAGAUGGGAGAGCAGCAGGAGAUGAGGUAUUCCACCCUGGAGCAGCUGGUGACUGAGACAGCCAACCAAGUGAACGAGCAGUUUGGCAAUACAGGAGAGGCAACUCUGAGCCUACUGGAGGAGCUGGAAGAGGGGAAUGGAGACUGCUCCAGUUGCACCCUCAAAAUCAGGGCCUAUUUGGGGAAGCUCCUCCAGCGCUACGAGAAACUCCAGGAAAAGGUGGAAAUCCUGGAGUCCCGGCAGAUGCCCAGGGAAAAGCUCAAGAAAAUGAUGAAGAAUUGGGGACAGCUGGAGAAUGACCAUGAGCGGCUGCACUACAUGGAGGAAACACUUGUACAGAUGAAAGAAGACUGUGAGAAGCUCAGCUUUGUUUCUGGGAGCCUGCAGAAAGACGCUGAACAAAAGCAGAAAGCAAUCGAGAUGCUGUUCCAGUCUCUGGAGAAGAUUCAGAAGGAGAAGGCAAAUGAGCAGGACGUGAUGGCAGCAAUGGACAUGAAGGCGGACAAAGCUGCCCUGGGCAGCAAAGUCAACUGCAGCCAAUUUGAAGCUCAUAUGGAGCGUCUGGAUAAGAGGAUGCAGGAAUUGCAGAGCCAGAUUUCGGGCCAGGAGGAGCACUGGAACAAUAUGCAGCAGCAGCUCAGCUGUGUGGUGGAAGAAAAGCUGGAUCGCCUGGAGCUGAAGGCUUUCGGCUCCCAGAUGGAGGAGACGUGGAACAGGAACAUGGAGGAACUUGAGAACAGGCUGUUGCGUGACAGUGCUGCUGGGAUUAAGAAGCAGCUGCCAGUCCCUUUCUCGUGCCUGUCCUGUGACCGCAUGCUCACCGUGCAGGUCCCUGGCCAGUGCCCCGAGACACUCCCGUAUUUGCAGCCGCUGCCCCCCAGCAAGGAGCCACCGCCCAGCCAAAGGAGGCCGGUGGCCCAUGGCAGUGUCCCCCGUGUGCCACCGAGCUCAGGGGACCAUCAGAGCAGCAGUUCCAUGGUGCAGAACAUCAGGGCUUCUGUCCAGAGAAGCGGUCAGCAACAGGCCUUGACAGUCCAGAAAAAGCCCAGUGUGACCCAGCUGCUGGACAGUGAUGGACACAUCUUGAGGGGCCGUAAAGUCCAGCAUUCUACGGCGAUCAGGACACAGGAUACAUCAGGCCCUGCCGCCUCACGAGGGCCCCGGCCAAGCACAGCCUCCCGACACAUCUCGAGUGCACCAGGGCUCGUCCAGCCUCUCCAGCCCCUCCGGACAUCCACAGCCCCCAGCCAGCUGGAAAGGACUCCGCGCCCAGUGCUCGAUCUGGGACAUCUCCUCAGAAGCGAGAAACGCCUGUGA